GAGGUCGGUUAUGCUACAAAGCUUUGAUGCAAGCAUCUGCCCAUCAAUUAGUUGACCGCCUUUGGAAAGAGCUAAUUGGAGAUGACAAUUUCUCGUCAACUCAUAUGCUUCGACAUCAUAAGCAACUACUUGUUGAAGCUGCCAAAGUAGGGAACGUUGAAUUUCUAAUUAUACUUAUACGCUCUUACCCCGAUCUCAUAUGGCUAGUUGACGAAGAACAUGGAACAUUAUUUCAUGUUGCUCUUAAAUAUCGACAAGAGCGUGUAUUUAAUUUAAUAUAUGAGAUAGGUGUUUUGAAGGGCAACAUUGCGAGUUACUAUUCCAAAGAGGGAAACAACAUGCUCCACUUAGCUGGAGAGUUGCCUUCUUCAGAUCGACUGAAUAUCGUAUCAGGAGCAGCCCUUCAAAUGCAACGAGAGUUAUUGUGGUUUCAAGAGAUAGAAAAGAUCGUGCCGAAGUCAUAUGUGAACGAGACAAAUGAAAGAGGAAAAACAUCUAGGGAUAUAUUUGUGAAGACCCAUGAAGAAUUGCAAAAGAAUGGUGAAAAGUGGAUGAAGGACACGGCAAACUCUUGCAUGCUCGUGUCAGCACUUAUUGCCACUGUGGUUUUUCCAGCUGCCUUCACAGUACCGGGUGGCAACAAUCAAGAAACAGGCAUUCCUAUGUUUCUGGAAAGCAACUGGUUUACGAUAUUUUUCGUAUCAGAUGCAGUUGCAAUGUUAUUCUCUUCGUCUUCAAUAUUAGUUUUCUUGUCAAUUCUCACGUCACGCUACACGGAAAAAGAUUUCCUCGUAUCAGUACCUCGUAGGCUGGCGUUGGGACUCGCUACGCUUCUAAUCUCAAUCGUAGGCAUGCUGAUAGCCUUCACUGCAGCCUGUUUUCUGGUAUUUAAACCCAAAACAAGUUUUCCGAUCCGUAUAAUUGUUGCGGCACCCGCUAUCCCAAUUAGUUUGUUUGUUAUCCUACAUCAUGGCCUUUGGUUUGAUAUAUUCCGCUCAGCAUUCUGUUCUAACAGAUUCCUCUUCUGGUCACAUAAUAGGCUUUUCAAGCAAGCAAGCUGGCUGGCUACUAUGUCUAGCUAAGGAAAGAAUAACAACCAGUCAUGCAAUUUGACCAAAUUACGAUCAAGGCUUCAGUUUGAUCUUCAUUAAUUAGCCAGGAAUAUUGUUGGUUUGUGUGUGUGUGUGUGUGUGUGUGUUUGUGUAUACUCUCUGUGUGUUUUUCUCAUUAUGCUUAAUUAAUUUCCU